AUGUCGGAUUGGGGACCUAUUCUAGUGACAGUGAUACUAUUCGUGAUGCUCACGCCGGGACUUCUGUUUCAGUUGCCUGGACGACAAAGAUACGUUGAGUUCGCAAACAUCAUCAUCAUCAUCACCAAGAAAGAAAAAAGAGAGAAAAUGUCGGAUUGGGGACCUAUUCUAGUGACAGUGAUACUAUUCGUGAUGCUCACGCCGGGACUUCUGUUUCAGUUGCCUGGACGACAAAGAUACGUUGAGUUCGGUAACUUUCAGACUAGUGCUGUCUCCGUCAUCGUCCAUUCUCUUCUCUACUUCUCCCUUGUCUGCGUCUUCCUUCUCGCUCUCAAGAUUCACAUCUAUAUCGGCUAA